GUGGCAAUGGUUCUAAUACUGUUGGUGGCCAUUCCCCUGCUGGUCCACACAACCAAAGGGGGAAACACGGGAAAUUCAGGGAGCCGUUAUGAAAUGCUUGGAAGCUGCCGGAUGGUAUGUGACCCUUACGCCACGUCUCAACCAGGCCAGGAGCUGACAGCUGUGUCUCCAGCGCCCCAGGAUUACUCUGGGAAGAAGAUAAAGUCAGGGCUUCGUGGGCCGCCAGGGAUCACUGGUCCUCCAGGACCCCCUGGGGAGCCAGGCAAACCAGGUCCUCAGGGGCCCCAGGGUCCAGGUCCUGGGGGCUAUUCGCCCUCACUGUACACUCCCAAAAUUGCCUUUUAUGCAGGGCUACGCAAGCAGCAUGAGGGGAGUGAAAUACUGAAGUUUGAUGAUGUGGUGACCAAUGUAGGCAACUACUAUGAGCCCAGUACCGGCAAGUUCACCUGCCCUCUGCCUGGCAUCUACUUCUUCACCUACCAUGUUCUAAUGAGAGGUGGCGACGGGACCAGCAUGUGGGCUGACCUGAAGAAGAACGGACUGGUGAAAGCCAGCGCCAUCGCUCAGGACGCUGAUCAGAAUUACGACUACGCCUCCAACAGUGUGAUCCUGCAUCUGGACGUGGGCGAUGAGGUGUGCGUGCAGCUGGACGGAGGCAAGGUCCACGGAGGGAACACAAACAAAUACAGCACCUUCUCCGGCUUCCUCGUCUACCCAGACUGA